AUGGCCCAGUUCAUCCCAGUUCGGCCCCAGUUCGGCCCCAGUUCGGCCCAGUUCAUCCCACACGGGCGGCUCAAGCUCCGCCCGGACGGUGCGGCGGCGCGCGAGGAGAAACUGAGGCACUACCGGGAGAGCAUGGCCGCCCUGCUGGGGGGCGUCCCCCCCGCCCAGGUGCUGUCCCUGACCGGCUCGGUGCUGGCCGCCAACCCCGACGUGGGCACCUGCUGGAACCUGCGGCGCCGCGCGCUGCCCGCGCUGGGAGGAGACUGGGUCCCCUCGGAGCUGUCCUUCGUGGCCCAGUGCCUGGGGGUGAACCCCAAAUCCUACGGGGCCUGGCACCACCGGGGCUGGGUGCUGGGCCAGGCCGGGGCGCCCCCUGCUGGCCGGGAGGAGCUGGCGCUGUGCGAGCGCCUGCUGGCGGCCGACCCGCGCAACUUCCACGCCUGGGAGCACCGGCGGGCUCUGGUGGCCGAUCAGGAGCCCGAGGCCGAGCUGGCCUUCGCCGGGGCCCUGCUGAGCCGCGACUUCUCCAACUUCUCGGCCUGGCACCACCGGCUGCGGCUGCUGGCGCCCGCCCGCGGCCGGGGCGAGGGCGAGGCCGGGGCGCUGCCCCCCGAGAGGCUGAAGGAAGAGCUGGAGCUGGUGCAGAACGCCGUGUUCACCGACCCCACGGACCAAAGCGCCUGGGUGUACCUGCGCUGCAUCCUCUCCCGAGCUCCCCCACCUCCGAGGGUCAUCUGUGUCCACGUGGACCGCGAGGACGCGACGCUGGCCGUCAUCUUCUCCCGGCCUGUCAAGGUGAACCCAGAGUGCCCAGAGCUGACGGCGACCAUGGAUGGCUCCACCCUGCCCGGGCCGUGGCGCUCAGUGGAGGGGCGGCCCCGCCCCAGCCACACCUGGCUCUGCGACAUCCCUGCCCCGCCCACCGAGAGCUCCGCCCACCUGGAGGUCACCUGGGCGCCUGACUCCGCCCUCCACGAGGUGACGCUGCUGCCAGGUGAGGCUGAGGCUUGGUGGCAGGAGCCAAUCGUGGAGAGGGAGCUGUUCUGGCCGGAGCUGGGCGUGGCCGAGGCUCAGGUGCUGCAGGACCAGGUGCAGAUGUGCCAGGAGCUGCUGGAGCUCGAGCCCCAGAGCCGCGGCUGUUUGCUGACCCUGGCCCUGCUGCUGGCGGUGCUGGAGCCGCGGGGCCGGGCCCGGGAGAUCCGCGAGCACCUGGGGAGCCUGCGGGAGGCCGACCCGCUCCGGGCCGGGUUCGUGGCCGAUGUCCGGUCGCGCUUCGAGGCCGCGCUGGCCGUGCUGGGAGCGGGGGAGCGGCUGAGCCUCAGCAACAAGGGGCUGAGCAGUGUCCCCCUGCUGGAGCGCAUGGCCGCGCUGAGCCGCCUGGAGCUGGCCGGCAAUGAGCUGCGGGCGCUGCCGGCGGCGCUGGGGGCGCUGCGGAGACUGCGGGAACUGGAUCUCUCCGACAACCACGUGACCGAGGUGGGCGUGGCCCCGCCCCUUCCCCGCCUGCGGCUGCUGCGGCUGGACCGGAACCGUAAGGGCUGGGAUGGACUGGGAUGGACUGGGAUAUACUGGUUUAUACUGGGAUGGACUGGGACGGACUGGGAUGGGACUGGGAUGG